CCAGCUGUGUGUGAAACCUGGCGCACAAGGCUGGCCUGAUAUUCCAUCAUGUAGCAGUAAAUACAAACUGAACUGUAUCAGUGACCACAGAGUUAUUCUGUACUGAUAGUGGUACAUGGCUGCUAUAUUCAAGAAAGUGCUGGGAGUUGGUGAUGUUGGCCUACAUUAAAGAAUUGUCUGGCACACUCUCCAUUAGAGAUUCUGCUAAUACUGUAGAUCAAUUUACAAUAAUCUGCCUCUUUUUUUGUUGUAAAGUAUUUUACAGGAACAUGGAGCCAAACAACAGAACAACACAUACGGUUACAGAAUUCCUCAUCACAGGAUUUGAUGAAGUACAACACCCAAAGCUGGUGGGACUAGCCAUUUUGUUCGCCCUCUUUCUCAUUCUGAUCGGAAGCAUCACUAACAUUUGUGUCAUAGCAUUCAACAAGCCUCUGCAUACCCCCAUGUACUUUUUUAUUUGCUCGCUGGCAAUGGUAGACAUAGUCUACACCAGCGGCAUUAGUGUUACAAUGCUUAACGUUCUCCUUGGUGAGGAGAGAAGAGUCCCCUAUGCACCCUGCAUGAUACAGUGCUUCUUAUUUACUUUAGGAAGCACUAUGGAACCCUUCGCUAUUGCUCUGAUGGCUUAUGAUCGCCUUAUUGCAAUUUCAUAUCCUCUUCGAUAUCAGACUAUCUUAACUAAUAAAAAUGUAUGUUUACUUAUAAUAGCGACUUGGGCAGUAGGCUGCAUGUUUGCCAGUUUGUUUACUGGCUUGGUGAACAAUCUGCCCUUUUGUGGCUCAAAUAAACUCCAAUACAGCUUUUGUGAAUAUGCAGCAUUAGUAAGAGCAGCAUGUGUGAAUCCUACAUAUUAUUUCAACGCAAUAUCUGCUGUGGGGACUACUAUAUUAUGGGUUAAUUUAGCCUUGAUAUUCUUCUCAUACAUGAAGAUAGUUUAUGUAGUGAUACAAAUGUCUUCAUCCAAAGACAGGAGGAAAACAUUUAACACCUGUGUCUCCCACAUGAUAGUGGUGGCUUGCUUCUUUAUCCCCAAGGUGUUGUUAAUGUUGGUCACCAGGGUUGGUUUGGUUCUCACGCUCUCUCAUAGAAAUGGCCUAAUCAUUGGCUCUACUCUGGGCCCCUCUCUUGUGAACCCACUUGUGUAUUGUCUCAAAACCAAGGAGAUUAGAGGGCGCCUGAAAUAUAUUUUCAAGAGAUCUGAAAUUAGUCCAAAUAUGUAAUGGUUAGGGUUACCAAAGCCAUUUCUUGUUUCUUGCAUGUGCAUUGCACAUUUCAAAAUGUGGUUUAGUCAAUAUUGUUUCCAUGUUAUUUCAUCAUCAUUGUAAUCAUGUUGAAUCAAUGUUGAGUUUUGAAUGAAUUUACGAAAACUCAUCAGUGGCUUGUAUCUCAAAUGAACCAGUCAGGUUUCAACUCUGAAUCAACAAGAGUGUCAAGGUUUGCUUGAUUUAGAUCACAGGUGUCAAACUCAUUCCAUGGAAGGCAAUGAGUCUACAGGUGUUCACUCCUGUCUUUUACUGAUCACGGGAGGUCACUGGUUAGUUAGGAACUCCCCUCACCUGAUACUAUAGGUCUUAAUUGGUCACUAGUUAGUUAGGAACUCCCCUCACCUGAUACUCUCGGUCUUAAUUGGUCACUGGUUAGUUAGGAACUCCCCUCACCUGAUACUUUAGGUCUUAAUUGGUCACUGGUUAGUUAGGAACUCCCCUCACCUGAUACUCUAGGUCUUAAUUGGUCACUGAUUAGUAAGCAACUCCCACCACCUGAUAUUCUAGGUCUUAAUUGCACACAAAUUGUAAGAAAAUAACAAAAAAACAGGAGACGCUGAGCCCUCCAAAGAAUGAGUUUGACACGCCUGAUUUAGAUUAGUUUGAUGUUUUUUGACAACUUAAUAAAAUGUCAGUCAAAAUUGA